AUGGAGAGUUUGCAACUUUCUCAGGUCCUCGCCGAUCUGAGUAACCUCGGCGCCGCGGAACCCCAGGCUGCCGCCGCCAUCGUCAACGCCAAUGUCCCCAUUGUCCGAUCCGAAAGCGCCAAUGAGUCGCCGACCUCACAGCCCCAGCAACAGCAGCAGCGCCCUCCUGCCAUGCGCCGCCACUGGUCCACGGAACAGGCCGGCCUUCCCAAGUUCGACAAGCUCGGCCGCCGUAUCCUCAUCAGCUCACCCAACAUGUCCCGCCCCUCUUCCAACACCAGUUCCAUCCCCGGCACCCCGCGCGGCGGCGGUUCCGACGUUGACGAUGACCUAGAACGCGCCUCUACCCUCAUGGCCCUCUACGACAUUCGCGCCAAGAUCAAGCAGCAGGACAACAGCAGCCUGCUCAAGGCCCGCGAGAAGAUCAACGCCCUGGCCGCCAAGCAGCAGGCCCAGCAAGCCGCCGAUCGAAACGCCAAGGCCGCUGAAGAGGCACGACGAAACCGAUAUUCUUUCCCCCGCAGCGGGCUCUAA